AUGUUUUCUCCAUCUGCGGCUGAGGGAGGCCCGGCCACGGCGACUCGUUCCCGUCGGCGAUUGCGCCCCAAGAGCCAGGAGCAGCUCGUGACGGCCCCGAAACCCAAGAGACAACGCGUGCCUCUGAGCGAACAAACUUCGACCAACACCGACGCCCAGCCUGAGAUGGCUGAGGUCAGACCGGAAAAAGUUGCAACACCCGUCGAGCCCAAGAAGGAUAUUGCCAUCGAAAACGCUCCUCCGGUGCAGCCUGUAUUGCGCAAGGAGCUGAUUGUUCGGACGAAGAAGCCCAAGCAUGGCGAUCGUGCUGCCCAAAAGGGUGAUGGAAGCCUCGUUCUGACAAGCACCAAUGCAUAUACUGUUAGCAAAUUGCCAGCACUGCCCGACAGAAUUCGGAGCGACUGGUCUGGGAGCCAACACGCCGACAUCUUCUCAUCAUCCGGUUAUGCCCUGACGCUUACACCUACACAUGCUGUUGUUUGGCCCUACAACUCGACUUCUCAAUCCCCCGAGACCUUCACCUUCACUCUUCCGUCCUCCUCUAAGCCCAACGACGCCCUCCCGGUGGGAUGUCUCGUCUCUCCCUCUGCAUCAUCAACCGAACCUGGACUGGUAGUUGUAAUGGCUAGCACUGGCAAGGUUGUCUUCUGGGAGUCUAUUUCUAGCGCUGCUACGUUCGCCUUUAUCAAGAAAGACAGGUCCGGUGUCGAAUAUCAGAUUUCUGGGAUGUCCUCGGGAGAGAAAGUGGUUGCCAUCACUAAUGCAGAGACCGCUGGAUUUCUCCUAACCUUUAACAGCGGCCGCUUGGCCUACAUGAACGUGCGAGACAGCCACGGACGACCAGCAAUUUCUGUUCAGUUUUUACGAAGCAACCUUGCAAAUUCCACCGGCGGCAUAUUCGGCACCAUUCGCUCUGCCUUUUCGCACCUAAGCCUUAAGGGGGAUAUAGCAGCUGUCCGAGCUGAUAGAUCCGCAAGAGUUGGUGAAAAGAAUAUUGUUGCUCUGACAAACAAGGGCAAGCUGCAGUCAUGGAAGGUUCAUCGUGGAGGCCAUAGCGAACCGUUCGGCGAGUUUGAUGUCCGAGAGUCCAUCACAACAGCACUCUGGGAAGAGGACCCUUUCUGCCGCGACCUUCCAGCCGACUCCUUCGAAGCUAUCGAUUUUGCCUUUGUCCCGAAGGGCUUAGAACACAAAUACAUAGAUCUGAGCAAGCUCAGUGCCGCUACAGCUACGGAUGAUCCAUCUGUUCAGCAACUGCUGCUGCUUGUUAGCUUGACUAGCCGAGCCGUCUCCCGUUACGCCCUUGUGGAGGUUAUUCUUACUCAGAGGAGGUUCCAAGUAGGCAUGAUUCGACCAAUUACUUCAUACACUACACCAAUUUCCCAGACGGAUUCUAUCCAGGCUGUGAGGCCGCGACUCUAUCUGCCACGUCCCGCACUCGUGGCUUUCGCGGUGUUCGAUCGUGCCGCGGUAAUCGUGUCCAUUGCAGCAUCACCGGAAUCUCCCGAUUCCCAACUUCAAAGCGACACACACAGCCUGUCUCCUUCAUUUGAAGACGUCAUCGAUUUCCGCGAAGAUAAUGUUCAUGAGGUUAUUGGGUCUGGUUUUGAAGAGACGUCGCACGCAUCGCCUCCCAAUGAGGAUAGCCGAGCUGCUCGAGCCAAGAGCAAAAAUCCAGCCGUGGUAUUGAUGGUUCGUGGAGCUGGUAUCAUCCGUGUCGCAACAACGGAUGUGGACAAGUUCGCCAGCGACCAACCUCCACAAGUCUCCGCCAAAGGCAAACUGGAACAAGCCGUCUUCUUCGGCACUAAGAAGAAUAACCCUCUGGUUUUCAAUGCCCGCCAAGAAGUCACUUUCUCAAAAGACGAGAUCGCGCAAGCCGCGCAAGAAGUCAGCAACGAGAUUCUGAGUUCGACUACAGCAUACAUGUCUACUUUGCCUGCCUCGUUGGAAGAAAAUCUUGUUGCACGCUCGAAUGCUUUGGAGAAACUUAUCCUUCACCUAAAGGCUACCGGUGCCCAUCUGGAUCGCAAAACCCGCUGGAGUUUAUUAUACAAUGCAGAGAAAAUGCAUGUAGCAACGCUCCUCUGGAAACGACAAGAGGCCUUCGUUGCAGCACGCCCGUCGGACAGCAAGAAGAGUUUAAUCGGAUACAUUGUUGAAUUCAUUCAUCAGGAUCAAAAGCACAACCCUAGCCCUGAAAUUGGCGAAGUUGACCGCAUUCGACACUGGUUCAUCAACGACAUAUUCCGCCUUGAACUCUUUGUGGCAUGGGCAUACGAGGUUAUUAAGAUCUUGUACAAGGACAAACUGCUGGAUGACGCCAAGGUGACCAUGAUGAUUUCCGAAGCUCUUCAGAUCAACAUAUGCGCUCUGCUCGGAGCACUAGAUUUCCGCAAAAGCAACCUUGCCUUCUACGGGCUGGGCGACGAGAAGUUGAGAAUGGGUAUCUUGCGUGAUGGAUAUGACGGCCUCCCUGAGCCAUGGACAGGAUGUCACUAUGUUGCCAACAACGUUGCGCGCUUAGUUGAGCUCUCAGAUCAGUGGUAUCAGAAGUGGUCGAGAUCUGGAGAGGAAAAAACCAAGCCUUCAGGCAAACCUGAUCCUGCCAUCAUUUCCAAGAUAUAUAAGGAUCUUCCAUCAGCCAUCGACGGCAUGCUCAUCUCGAUUCUGGAAUAUGCUCGAUGGGCUGAGACGACACCAGACCAGAAAUCCAUGGGCCAAACCUUUGCCAAAGAAUACCAAAAAGAAAGAUAUAGCAGACCCAUCAGCCUUGGACGAGCUGGUAAAUGGGAAGAAGGAGCUGCCAUCGCCGAAAAGCAUGGCUGCUUAGAUGGCCUGGCAGUUAUCCUACUGGAUCAUAUCGAGGAAUUAGAGCUGAUACUCAACGAGCCCACACUUACUGCCUUUGAGUCACAAAACUUGAGGGUUUUGAAGAAAAGAAAAGAAACAGAGUUGGAAGAGAGGUUCACUCGAUAUGGCCAAGAAUUUGCCUUCCCUGUUUACGAGUAUAUGCUCGAAAAGCACGGAGUUGAUGCUGUGUUGGCGUUUGGGCUUGAGACACUGGGCUACAAGACCCGGUUCCUUCGCAGCAGACCUGAAUUGGCACGGAUAUCGUGGAUCAACGAUAUUCAAGAAGAGAAGCAAGUCGGGCAUGCUGCAGAGACGCUUAUCCAUCUCGCUCUUGAAAAGGAGCACCAAGUGUGGAGCAAGAAGAUUGAACUCAGCCUUGGAAAACUGGCUCUGUUGGCCGAGAUGGAGAAAAAGUCACAGCCAUCGAGCCUGAAGCCAAGUGCGGGCGAACUUCGCCUGGACCAGAAACUGGCGCAGGUUGAUAAGGAGCUUAUUACGGUUAAGAUUCAAGAUCAGCUCUACGCUCAAGUUUUCCCUAGCACUUAUGACGCUGUUGACGAAGCGGCAGCCUUGAAUCUUGCUAUGGAGGCCCAUGGUGCAAAUGUACCUAAGCGCCAGAAGGCUCUGCGCCAGCUUUUCGAAGAUGGCAUGGAGAGGUUGCUUAAGCACGAGGCUCUUGAUGCUAUGACGCUGAUUGACCUAUUGACGCUCGUGGAACUCUCACAAGAAUCCCGUGAAGAAAUAGCACAUCCGUUCUGGUUGGCUCUUAAGGUGGCCGAGAGCAGUUGCCAUAGCGACGAGCUUCGAGAAGCUAAACGACUCAUCUGGAGGAGGCUGUUCAUCCGGGAUGACUGGUCAAAGAUUAACGACACGCAAUUGAAGGACGACCGGGAAGUGGUGGAGAGACUGGCAAGCACUGAGCUAUACGCCAUGCUUUCAGACUGCAUUCAAUACCAGGAUGCCCACAGUGUCUUCAAGCCCAUGUCUCCUCAAGAUGCUCUUGGUGCCUUUUCAGAGCAUCUCGAUCGCCGUUUCCACGAUUUUGAGGCAGGCAUGCGGACGAAGCUGAUCGACGCCAUGCAUCACGAAGACAAGAUUCUCACCCAAUACAUCGAAAAGAAUCGCCUGACAGAAUGGGAACGUACCGCUCUGGAAGCGGCACAAGCCCAGCACAACAAGGAGGAGCAGGCACAGAAUGCCAUCCCUCCCAUGGAUUUGCCCGUGCCUCUCUUGGGCGGCGAAAUCACUACUAGCACUAAUGGUAAGGCCUUGUAA